UGACCGUCGCCCAGGUUGUGUCGGAAGCAUCCUGGUGUUAGCAGUUUUCUAGCCGCUGACAAAAAAUAUAAAGUGAGAUGAAAUUUUCAUAAUGGCGGAACAUUUCAGCUGGUGACUAUUGGUGACAAAGAAGACCAGGAACCACCCACAUUGGCCUUUUCCAACAUGGUCAGUUCGCUGGUAGUUGAAGAGGCCAGUUAACACAGCUAACAAAACACCAGCGGUUAGCUAACGUUCAAACUUUGACGGAGAAAUGCAGUAAUUUGCUACUUAGCUGCUACCGCUACUCUGUCAAUUUACUACCACACCAGCCGGCUAGGUAACACGUCUUGUUAUUGCACGCUAAUUAGCGUUUAGGCUGUUUACACAGGUGUUUAUAUAACCGAAGGGUUAACGUUAUUACCACUUAACGUCAGCUAACUUAUGAAUAAUGACUAGUUAUGCAGCUAAUGCUAACGUUAGCAAGUUAAACUAUUAGUAACAUUUAAACUGCAGCUAUCACAUACAGUUACUCAGUGUAUUUGAAAAUAAUACGGACGGUCACACAGAUAAUAGUAACGCAAAGAAAACAACAGCUUCUAAGUAGCAGGAAUAUGAAUCUUCUUUCUGAUUGAUUUCGACCAAUCACGUGAGAUAAAUGAUGCCAAACACCAGGAUGCCAAACGAUUGGGGAUUAAGGCUUGGGCAGCAGCAUUGUCUGGAAAACAGCUGUCCGCUCAUUUCGGUAAUCCUCGUCUCCUUCACAAUGCAGCUACAGUAAAUUGUUUUAACUGCUGAGUGUAUAACGCAAAAAAAAAAAAAAAAAGAAAAAGAAAUAAAACACCAGACAAACCAGUUUCAUCGCAAAGUUUGUAGUCCACUUUUCUUUAAAUUAUGUCUGGGGACGCAUCUGAUAGUAGUGAGGACUCUGAUGGAAAAACAAAUGAAAAGGCCUGGACUGUCAAGCAUCAAAUCACCAAUGCUAACCUCACAGGUCACACUGAAAGAGUCGGCAUGGAGAACUUUGAGUUGCUCAAGGUCUUGGGCACUGGAGCUUAUGGCAAAGUGUUUUUGGUCAGGAAGAACAGCGGUCACGAUAUGGGCCAGCUCUAUGCUAUGAAGGUGUUAAAGAAAGCAGCUAUUGUACAGAAGGCAAAGACAACAGAACAUACUCGCACUGAGAGGCAAGUCCUGGAGCACAUCCGCCAGUCUCCCUUCCUGGUCACUCUUCACUACGCCUUUCAGACUCAGAGCAAACUACAUCUCAUCCUGGACUAUGUGAGCGGCGGGGAGAUGUUCACUCAUUUAUACCAGCGGGAUCACUUUCCAGAGGAGGCAGUACGGAUUUAUAUUGGAGAAAUAAUUCUGGCUCUAGAACACUUGCACAAGCUUGGGAUUGUGUACCGAGACAUCAAAUUGGAAAACAUUCUUCUAGACAGUGAUGGCCAUGUGGUAUUGACAGAUUUCGGGCUCAGCAAAGAGUUUCUGGAAGAAGAUAAGGAGAGGACCUACUCUUUCUGUGGCACCAUUGAGUACAUGGCUCCUGAAAUCAUCAGAGGGAAGGCAGGGCAUGGCAAGUCGGUAGAUUGGUGGAGUCUUGGGAUCCUGAUGUUUGAGUUGCUGACGGGUGCAUCUCCUUUUACCUUGGAGGGAGAGAGGAACUCCCAAAGCGAGGUGUCAAAACGUAUUUUGCGCUGUGACCCACCGUUUCCCUCUAUGAUUGGACCCAUUGCUCAGGACCUGCUGAAGAAAUUGUUGGUCAAAGACCCUCACAAGAGGCUGGGAUCUGGACCACGAGGGGCUGAAGAUAUCAAGUCACAUCCAUUCUUCAAGGGACUGAACUGGGAUGACCUAGCACAAAAGAAGGUGCCUAGCCCAUUUAAACCAGAACUUAAGAGCGAACUUGAUGUGGGGAACUUUGCAGAGGAAUUCACUGGGAUGGAUCCUGUGUACUCGCCAGCGAGCACACCUCCAAGCACAGAUCGUCUGUUCCAGGGCUAUUCUUUUAUUGCACCCUCCAUCUUGUUCAAUAAGAAUGUGGUCAUGGGAGACUUUGUAGAGACCCAGACUGGUGCUGACCGGCCAGCUUCUGCUUCUGUUCAACGCAGUGCAAUGUUACAGGAAUCUCAGUUUUUUCAGCACUAUGAGCUGUGUCUUCAAGGGCCACCCCUAGGCGAGGGUAGUUUCUCUGUGUGCAGGAAAUGCAAACACAAGCAGACUGGCCAUGAGUAUGCCGUCAAGAUCGUCAGUCGUAGAAUGGAGGCAAACACUCAGAGGGAGAUUGCUGCCUUGAAGCAGUGUGAGUCUCACCCCAACAUCGUCAAGCUGUAUGAGGUCUUUACUGAUCAGUAUCACACAUAUUUAGUGAUGGAGCUUCUGCGAGGCGGGGAGCUUUUGGAAAGGAUCAAGAGGAAGAAACUCUUUGGUGAGGCAGAGGCCAGUCAGCUGUUACAAAGCCUGUUUUCAGCUGUCAGCUUCAUGCACGAGGCUGGAGUCGUACACAGAGAUCUCAAACCAGAGAAUGUGCUGUUUGCAGAUGAGGGGGAGGACUCUGUGCUGAAAGUAAUAGAUUUUGGAUUUGCUCGCCUGUGCCCUGCAGGCAGUGCCCCCUUGCAGACUCCCUGCUUCACACUGCAGUACGCUGCACCAGAGCUUUUUGAGAGUGCAGGAUAUGAUAAAUCCUGCGACCUCUGGAGUCUUGGGGUCAUCCUGUACACCAUGCUCUCAGGCCAGGUGCCAUUUCAGAGUGAGCAGCGUGGAAUGACCUCAUCAUACGCUGCUGACAUCAUGCAAAAAAUAAAGGAGGGUGAUUUCUCAUUGGAUGGGGAGCCCUGGAAGGGCGUAUCAGAGGACGCCAAAGAGCUUGUUAAAGGCCUACUAACAGUGGAUCCAGAGAGGCGUCUCAAACUCUCUGAUCUGAAAGAGAACAGCUGGCUUCAGGGUGGCGCAUCCAUGUCCACCACACCUUUGUGCACGCCAGAUGUGCUCGAGUCCAGUGGGCCUACUGUCCGCACCUAUGUCAAUGCUACCUACAAGGCUUUCAACCGAGGUAAGAGAGAGGGCUUCUUUCUGAAAAGUGUCGACAAUGCUCCUCUUGCAAAACGCCGAAAGCUUAAGAUGACAAGCACAGGGGUAGAGACCAGAUGGAGUUCAUCCUCUUCUUCCUCCUCUUCUUCCACUUCCUCCACUGCCUCUGCAACAGCGUCCAAAGCACAGCCAAAGCAAACCAUGAUCCCAAAGCAGAGCUAGCCUGUCAGCAGAACAGUGAGAAAGUGUUAUGUGCUUGUACAGGAGCACAAUGUCAGACAAAUCAGAACACUGGCUUCGGUUCAUGUAAAAUUGAAUUCCACUUUAACAGUUACAGGUUUUCAUUCCUCACGCUGUAUUCUUUAAAAAGCAAACGUGUAUUUUCUUUGAUGGAAAAGAAGGCCUGGCCUUUAGAAGCUUUUAUUACUUAUUCAGUAUUUGCUCACUAUAUUUUGGUGAGUUUACACACUAAAAGUUAGAAAUUAGACAUUUACCUGGUUUCACUGUGGGUACGAAACAGUGCCUGGCUAUAUAGGGAAAAGGGAAGAAUGGAGCCAUAAAUAAGCAGAAGCCAUAUAAAAAGCAAAAGAAGUGAACACAUCCAUUCAGUCAUUGUGAAGACACACACAUUUGCACACAGCAAACAAGCAGUCCUUCCAGCAAUUUGUGGGCUUGAUUCUUUGAUUGUAGUGUCGAGUUUGUUUCUUUUAACUUUGCCACAUAUAAUAAUUAGCAAAAAAAUGGCAGACGUCUUGCCUCGAGUGCGGUGCCACAUGCUGGCACUGUGCUCUGUAUAAAGAAAUGCUUUGUGAGAACCAAGAUUUUUAUUCUUAGUUGAGAUUGAGUAAAAUGUUGGUGUUUGCAGCAAAUUUCUGGAAGGAUUGAGCACAGAGAGAUAUUAUUGCAGUGUGCAUAUCCUUAAGGAUUGCGUAGGGUGAUUAACACUGUUGGUCUUUGCGAAGUAGCUGCACCUGCAGGACACUACUGACUGUAUGCACCGCGAUGAACACUUUGAGGAGCUUGGAUUAUGUGGCUGUGCUUUGAGAGUUGAGUGAGUCCAACAGUAGCGGCUGUAAGAAGACCUGGAGACACGGAAGCAGACAUGCAGUGGAGUGCGAUUUUUCACAUCAUGCUUGCUGUAUAUUACUUGCAUUCUUGUGCCAGUCUGAAAAUUUCUAGCAUGCUAAACUGUUGUGAUGAUGGACUGUAAGAACUUUUUCUAUUUUUGGUAUCUUUGACUCAUUGAAAAAAUGUCACUUGGAGUAUUUUUUUUACGCUACCAAGUGCAGCUCAAGUGUUUGCACCUAGCUGGGAGCCAAAUCUGGCUGGCGAUUUUGAACACGUCAACUUUGUGAACUUUGAAUGGUUAUUAUAGUUUUUAUUUUUGAUGGCCUCAAAGCAGCGCCAUAUGCAGGUGGCAGUCUGAUUGGAUACAGUGAAAGAUUGAUGCUCAACAAUUAAGCUCAUCUGGGCUGGCUUUUCUCUCUUUUUUUUUUUUUUCCCACAAGUGAUUUUAAAAUAUUUUAUGGCUUUGAAAUUCAAAUUAUUUUCCAGAAUGAGACACUUAAUUGUGACUUUUUUUUUUAAGGAUGGGGGCACCAUCCUAUGAGAGCUUUGUAUAUAAUCAUGCUUUAGAAAAGAAAAAAAAAUGUAUGUAAUGAUUUCAAAUUGUUUGGAUGGUAUAUUGUAAUGUUUUUAAUGGAAUUGCCUUUUUUUUAAUUUUACAUGUUGCACAGUCAGUUGAUCAGUUAAACACAUUUCAGCUUUAAAGGUGCUUUCACUGAUAUUUAUUUCAUGUAAUUGAUUUUAAUGCUGUGGUAAUGGGAUUAUCAUAAUUUGGCUCUUGUUGUGUACCAGCCCUGUAUGAAUGUUCCUGUAUGAUAACUGAGUGGCAGUGGGAGAUUGGUUGUAUUGAUAUUUCUGAAGCAGAUGAAGCAUAAUUGCAAGUUACUGUAAUAUUUUCCUGUUGUUGUUUGCAGCCAUUGUCUGUUUGAAGGUAACUGGUUGUUUGAUAUUUUUACUUAAGAAACUGCUUUUAUUGAUGUUGGUAUUAUUUUGCUGUCACAGAUAUUUUCUCUUGUCUUUCUAAGCAUUAUUUUACUGAGUUGCACUGUUUCUGGUGUUGUUGCUGGGAUUUGUCUUUUUGCACCGUGACCUUUUUUUUUUUUAGCUGGUGCAAAAUAAACAUUACUUUUCCAUAGA